AUGCCUCCUAAGCGCAAGGCUCGUGGUGGCCCUGCUGGCGAAGGCAGCAGACCCUCACCCCAUCGACCCGGAGACAUGCCGCUGGGCCAGCGUGAACGAGAUUUUUCAGAGGGAGGAGGUAGAGGUGGCCGCGGUGGCAGAAACACUAGAAGAAACGAUCGCCGAGGUUCCGCACAGGGACAGUCAACACAGUCUGGUACCCAGUCGGCAAGCGCUUCCCGCGUCACGUCCCCGACUGUUCCUCGCCCGCCCUCUACGCCGUCGCAAUCGCAACAUCCCGCACCGAUAGCGACAGAACCAGCGUCUGCGCCUACUUCGCAUCUACCCUCUCCGGUUCCGACAAGCUAUUGUUAUGAACACAUCACUGAUGAUGUGAUUGCUUCCUGGUUGGGCGGCAGCAAGCAGACCCUAGUUGAACAUGCAGUCAGCUCACGGUCGGAUGUAGACAUCGAGGAGCUGACCUCCAUCUACCAAGAGUUCAUUCAUGCUGUCAUCGAAGGGCGGCUGUCGCCCGUUGACGCUGGCGCCUGCAUGAAAGAGAUACUCGGCUCGGAAUCGCAGGAAAUGAUUAAGGAGUCUUUCUCGUUCGAGCCUCACACCCUCUUCCUCGAUACCUUGUCCAUCAUCUUUGACAACGAUCGAGACCUUUUCCGACCACACCUCCGCGACUUUAUCCAAGCCACAGGUGUCUCAUCAGAACUUGUGCGCCAAACUCUAGAUGCUCAGCUUCUCCAAGAUCUGGGCAUGAUCCGCGAGACGUUCGUAAAACUUGGCAUCAGACAUGCGACAAAUCUUUUAUACCGACAAGCAAACUACAACCUACUUCGCGAAGAGAGCGAAGGCUACUCCAAGCUUAUGACUGAGCUCUUCACAACCAGCAGCUCAGAGCCCCCGUCUGCCGAAACGGCCCACGCAGCCUUCGAACGUCUGAAGGGCCUCAUCGGAACUUUCGAUCUUGAUGUUGGAAGAGUACUCGACGUUACACUUGACGUCUUUGCCGCAGUCCUCAUUAAACAAUUUCGAUUCUUCAUCAAGCUUCUCAGAGUCAGCUCUUGGUGGCCUCGCAAUCAAAACCCUGCUUCAUCGAUAUACGCAGGUGGCCUACCUCCAUGGGCUUUACCCGACUCCUCGCACUGGAUGACCAGCCAAGAAGUCGAACUUGAGACUGCUGAGCUGAGGCGUCAGCGCGAUGUCGAGUUCUGGGACAGCGCUCGUGAGCUUCACAUGGAUGCAUUCUUUCAGCUCGGAGGAAGACAAGUCACAGAAGCGCACCUCAAGUUGCUUGAAGAAUCCGAAUCUGCAUCCGAAGCCGAAGUCAAUGCUGCUUCCGCCUGGAUGAAGCUGACAAAGACACUUCCACCCCAGGGAAACCGUACCGCUGCUCAGCUGCUAGGUUUCAAGCUGAGAUUCUACGCCUCCGACGCCAGAGAUCCCGACGAUGUUCUGCCGGCAAACCUGCUUUACCUUGUCGCGCUUCUGGUCAAGGUCGGCUUCAUGUCCCUGGUCGACAUCUACCCCCAUCUUUGGCCUCUCGAUGCGGAGAUGGACACGAUGAGAGAAAAGAAGAUGAAGGAACUAGAGGAAAAGGAGAGACAAAGCCGACCUGGAGUCGCGCAAAACGCCCUACUAAUGGCAGGUGCCUUACCCGAUGACAGCGCACCGCCCCCAACGACUCGCAUUCGAGUCGUCGCUGGAAAGGCAGAAGUGGACUCCAAGGCCGAAGCUAGUACGGAUGAGAAAGAAAAGCUGCCAGAGCCCAUGGAGCAGAAGGCAGCUUUGCUCAUUUGUCUUUUAAGCAUUGGCGCCAUUCCGGAAUCCCUUUUCAUUCUCGGCCGUUUCCCUUGGCUACCAGAAGCCUACCCUGAGGUUCUCGACAGAAUUCACCGCAUCCUGAACCACAGUGUCGAGAAGGUGUACCAAGAAAGUCGGCCUGCUCCCGUCGGCUCAGUCGAGGCUACUUCGAAACCGAUUGCCGAUAUUGACCAGAGUGGUGUACCCAAGGGGUCCGUGAAGCUUACCAUAAUGCCAGCCAAGAAGUCCAUGAAAUGGCCCUUCCCCGACGGGUUCGACGGCAGAGAUCAGCACUACAGAUUCUACUGGGACGAAUGGGCAGACAAUGUCCCAGUCUGCCAGACUGUCGAAGAUAUUUUCACGCUAUGCGACACGUUCCUAAAUCUUUCCGGCGUAAGCAUCGGCAAAGACCCUGCGUUGCUGGCAAAGUUUGUCAGCAUCGGGGCGAAGAGCUUGGCGGAGGACCGCUCCCAGCACAACAUGGACCGGUGGCAGGACCUCUUGCGGCGCAUUCUGGUUCCUGCUCUCAGCAUGACCAACGCCAACGCGGCUAUCGUCAAUUCUGUAUGGGACCUGCUCAAGCUGUACCCCGUCACAACCCGAUAUUCCAUCUACGCCGAGUGGUUUGAAGGCCAGGUUUCCCGAUUGCCGGCAAUGAAAGCAGCCUUCACUCGUACUCGCGUGGAAACCAGAGGUGUGAUGAAGCGUAUUUCUCUCACGAAUCUUAGCGAGAUGGCCAAGUCGCUAGCCAAGACCAGCUACUCUUCGCCAGGCAUUGUUUUCAAGGAGGCUCUAGGCCAAAUCGAGGCCUACGCCAACCUCAUCGAAGCCUUUGUCGAGUGCGCCAAAUACUUCACCGACUUGGCGUACGAUGUUCUGAUAUGGUCUCUCGUGAGCUCAAUGGGCGGAAAGCGAAGUCGUACACAGGAAUCAUCCAUCCUGCUGACCAGCAAAUGGCUUCAAGCACUUUCCAAAUUUGCCGGCAAAGUCUUCAAGCGAUACUCCAUUCUAGACUCGACUCCAAUCCUUCAAUACGUAAACGACCAACUCUACCAGGGUAAUUCGACUGACUUGAUUAUUCUCAAAGAGCUCGUCUCAUCAAUGGGAGGUGUGGUGCAAGUUUUAGACUUUACCGACGACCAAAUUUUGGCCAUGUCUGGAGGUGAAGUGCUGCGGCGCCAGACAUUGCUCAGUCUCCAGGACAAGCGGUUUGAAUCGAGUCGUAGCGCCAAGCGUCUCAUGCAGUCUCUUGUUGACUCGAAACUUGCUGGACGCCUGCUCAUCAAUGUUGCCCAAUACCGACAAGCCGCCAUCUUCAAGCUUCCGGACGACGAAGCGCACAUCAAGUACAUUGGCUCGGUCAUCGAUGACAGCCAUCAGAUCUUGGUUCAAUAUCUUGAUCUCCUGCGGACCAAUCUUGAACCUCACGAGUUCGAUGCGCUGGUGCCUGCCAUUACCAAUCUCAUGGACGAGUUUGGCCUCGACGCAAGCCUGGCGUUCCUGAUUGGUCGAGAGGGUGUCGCUCAUUACAUGUUCGCAAAAAAGCAAGACUCGUUGAUCACUGCUGACUCCGACGGCGACGUAUCAAUGGCCCAAGACGUUUCCGAAGCAAAAGAAGCCACUGGAGAGCCGCCUGAGGCGGAGGACAAGACAUUGACGCCAGCGGAGGUUCGAGAGAAAGCAAAGAAGGACGCUGGACGCCAGAUUCACGAGGCUCUCGAUCCCAUCGUUACGUCAAUGAAGUCUAUAACGCCAGGUUCUUCUUGGGCCAAGCUCAGUGCAGAGUUCUAUGUUUUAUUCUGGGCUCUCCAGCUUGGUGACAUUGAAGUCCCCGCCGCCAGUUACAACAACGCUCACAAGAGACUCUCGAACCUGAAGAAGGAUCUUGACAGGGAUCGCUCUGACAUGAGUCGCAGCGGCAUCAACAAGAAAGAAGCUAAAAAGGCCGAGCUCUUAAAGAUCAGCAACGAGCUGCCUAAAGAGGCAGAUUCCCAGAUGAAGCGGGCGCGCGUCGUCAGAGAUUACAUGUCGGAGCACAUGGAAACAUGGUUCACAGGUUCAGCAGCGAAGUUGAACGGCGUCUCGGAUGCGAUCCUCGAGCAAUGCUUGCUUCCUAGGCUGGUACUCUCGGCUAGUGACGCUGAGUACUGCUAUGUGUUUAUCAAGAAGCUCCACAUGUUUGGCGCACCCAACUUCCGUCUUAAAGUGUUGUAUGAUAGGCUCUUCAACGUCAACCGGCUGCGGGCUAUGAUCUUCACUUGCACAGUCCGUGAGGCAGAGCAUCUGGGCAGGUUCCUCAACUGCAUCCUCAAAGACCUGUCAAGGUGGCAUCGCGACACGAAUGUUUACGAUAGAGAAGCUGUCGGCAAGCGCAGCUUCUUCCUUGGGUUUGCCACCGAAUUCGAUGACAAGGGACAGCCAUCAUCUUAUUAUGAUCAUGCGCAAUUCCGAGACAUAUUGUAUGGAUGGCACAGCAAGCUCAACUUGGCACUGAAGUCUUGUCUUGCCGGUAUGGAGUGGAUGCACAUCCGUAACGCCAUGACAGUUCUGAAGGCGGUUCUCGACCACUUCCCAGCCAUCACUUUCAUGGGUACACAAUUCAUCGAUCAACUCAAGACAAUCACAGAUCGCGAGGCAGCUUCGAAGACCGCAUCUGCUGGGGAGGAGGGACAUCGUGUGGAUCUUUCAGUUGCUGCGCAGGGUGCUCUAUCGGAACUGCAGAGGAGGAAAGACAAAUGGAUCGUACCCGCCGGUUUCCGCCCUAAUAUGAAUGGCCAAGCUCAAGGAAAGGCUAAGGACGAGUCUGCAACAAACAAUUUGCGCCCGACCGCGACUGAAUUCCAGCCUAAAUCAGCCAGGACCGUGGCAGAGCAGGAAGACGGCGAAGUAAAAGACGGCGAAGUCAAGGACAGCAAAGAUGUUGAAUUCCGCUCAGCAGCACCCUCGGCGCCUGCGACGCUCACCCAAAAGGAUCCUAACUUACCCCCCAAGCCAUCCGCCUCCCAGCCAGACGCAGCGAAGGGGGGCUUCCCGCGUGUCGACCUCGGAUCAGCUACCUCGAGCAAGCCGCCAACGCCAAAGCCAUCGAACGCAACCCCAACGCCGACCAAUGCGAACCACCGGGAUGUGCCCAGGGCAACUCCUACACCCACAGGCCCAGACAGAAGUGCGCAUAGUCUACCUAAACGACCAGACGUCCCUAUGCCCGGCCAUUACAGUCGUACUCAUUUCACUCCUGACGCUUUGCCAGACCGGGCCCGAGACCAGAGAGACCCGCGGGAACCUCGCGGUCCCAGGGAUACAAGAGAGCCUCGAGAUACCAGAGACCAUAGAGAUUCCCGAGAGCCCUCUAGUAAUCCAAGGUUCCCCGAGCCGUCACGUCCCGACCGCAGUCGAGACUUUUCUGGACAAGACAGACGGGGCCCAGAUGCUGCGCCCAGAGAGCCUGGUCGCCUGUCCGAGAAAGAUUGGCCCUCGAGACCGGACUCGCUGCCCCCUCGACGCGACCAUGGGGCUCAUGAGCGCGAAGGCCGUCCUUCCCGGGAUAGAGUGCCCCCGACGAACGGGCGCAUUUCUGAAUCAGGCAGACUCUCAAGAGAACCUGUUGCCGCCACCCCACCACCCCAGUCUACUCAGAAGUCACCCGAGGAUCCACCGGUCAAUCCUGCCCGGCUGGCUUUGAUCCAAGGAGACCAACCGGGCAGGUCUAAUCGGUCAGACCGGACCCCUCGAUUGUCAGAGACAGAACGGCGAAGCGGCCGGGGACCGCGUACUCAGGAGUCUCAACCCCAAGAGCAGCGGACUCCGGAUUUACGUGCCCCGGAUCCUGAUCGUGCUGAAAUGAUCAAUCCAGAACGAGCCGCUUUGAUUGGUGAGCCACGAACAGAAGCGCCAGGCCGGCCGACACGGGAUGAGGUUAGGGAUCGGAGUAUUCCACGAAGUCAUUCGCCUAGGAGAAGCGGACGAUUCAAUCCAGAGUUACCAGUAGAUCCUUUGAGAGAUGACAGACAUGGCCGCCCUCAUCACUCGGAUCAUCGAUCUUCUGGGAGAGAGACGCAUGGGGAGCCUCCCGUCUACAACCCCAGGACAGAACGCACAGGCGAAAGGGACGGUGACCGGUCUGGCCCAGACAAAGGUAGAGAAGCAUUCUUGGGUCCCAGCCGGAACUCGGAACCCGACCACAGCCGCACUGCUCAACAGGACCAGAAUUAUGGUCGGCUCAACCCAAUCCAGUCAGUUCUUGCCCCUAAUGAGGUUCCGCUGGGCCCCCGUGGUCGCGGCCGAGCGGCUGCCCGAGGUGGACCCGCGGCCGCCCCCAACUCACGAUCCGAUGGCCGCUUCCCGAAUCCAGAGAGCCCGGCGGCGCCCGAGGAACGGCACCCACCCACAGGUCCGGCCUCAGGAAGGGGCCGUCGCAACCAGUACGAGCCUAAUGCGUCCGUCAACUCUCCGUCUGCGAUGACGCCGACACCAGCAGCACACCCUGACCGAACACGUGCCAUAAACUCGGGUCCGGCAGGCUCACCCGCUCCAGCCUCGGGAGGGCCUACCUUGGCUCCCGGAAUUCACCCUGAUCGGCUGGCACAGAUCGCUCCACCUCCCCCUCCGCCUCCAGGACAGCCACCGAGCCACGGUCAUUCUCGGCCACCUCUUCCCCCUAUACAUACACCAGAUCGCCCGUCGGGAAGUCAAGGUAGCAACAGCCGAACGCCGACAGGCAAUUUCCCAGCAUCUGCCGAUGGUGUGCCUUCUGGGCCAUCGUCGAAUGAUCGAGGUCGUAGUGGCGGCAGCCGUAGACAGCUUGCGGGUAUUAACAGCACGUUACAGCAAGCACAAGCCAAUAUGCCAGAAACCAACCGGGGUACUAGUAUCCGCGGGCGUGGGGCUGCCAGAGGUAGUAUCGCUGGCUCCGAUGCUCAAGUCCUGACAGGUGCAUCACCGGUGUCUACGCCAAUCCAAGACCGUCCAGACCCUGUUCGACAAGACAGGGGCCAGACAAACGGCGAGGAUCAUUCACAGAACGAACACGACCGCAGUCGUCGCGAGCACCGUUCAGAGCGUGGCCGGCAUUCAAGACGUAGCAGUCGGGAACGAGAGCGCAGUCCUGGUCGCGAAAGGGAGGGCAAGGAGCCUCGUGAGCACAGGGAGAGAAGGUCUGGGGCUCAGGGCCAGUCAUCCACUAGUCGAGACGAACGUGAACCCCGUCGCUCUGGCCGAGAGCCGUCUAGCAGUACCAGGGAAUCGCACGCGAACCCUGCCCACGGUAGUGGCCGGGAGAACACGGGAAGCAGCCGCGAGCCUCGCCAUCGCAACGAUCGUGCCGAUGGUGGACGUGGAGACGGAGCUGCGGGACCAAGAAAUGAAGAAUGGGCCGGAAAUCCGCGGGGCGGUCCAAGAGGAGGACCUCGAGAGGGAGGUCUAAGACCGAAUGACGACCGACGCGAAGAUCGGGGCCGAAAGCGUAGAAGUGAAGACGCCGCCGGUUUUUCGAACGACCGAGAAAAGAGGCAGAGACGCUAG